AUGAGUAAAAUUGUUGUCAUUGGUGCUGGUGUUGCAGGUUUAACGACAGCUUAUUUGCUAGCUCAAAAGGGUCAUGAUGUUACCAUUGUAGCUAGGAAUAUUCCUGGCGAUUUGGAUCCCCAUUAUACUUCUCCUUGGGCAGGAGCAAAUUGGUCUUCAUUUGCUCAAAAAGACGAGAUUGUGCUACAAAAUUUUGAUAAGCCUGCUUAUCAUGAAUUUUUGAGGUUGGCUAAAAAUGAACCUUUAGCAGGCAUUAGAACAAUCUAUUCGUAUCAUUACAUUAAAAAGGAAAAUGCCAAAGAUUAUGAAUCUCGCUGGUUUAAAGAUUUUGUUGAAGGAUAUGAGGUUUUCACUGAUCCAAAAUUACUACCAGAUGAUUGCUCAAUUGGGUACAAAUUCAAAACUGUUACAAUUUCCACUUCACUUUACCUAUUUUAUUUACUUAAAAGAUGUGUGGAUUUAAAUGCUGUUUACCGAAGAAAAAAGUUGGAUCAUAUCAACCAAGCAUUUGACCUACACAGCUCGGGAUCUAAGGCUGAUUAUGUUUUUAACUGUACUGGCUUAUUAGCAAAAACUUUAGGAGGUGUUAAUGAUGAAAGCAUUUAUCCUGUUCGAGGCCAAGUUUUAUUGGUAAAUAACACAGGAACAAAACAGGUGGUUGCUUCUCUAUUUCCAGAAUACUCCAAUGAAUCUUUAUAUACAAUGCCUCGAAAAGAAGGUGGAACUAUUCUUGGUGGUUGUUUUAUUAAAGAUGUUUGGGAUACUACACCUGACAACGCAUUGACUCAGAGAAUCAUUGAAAGAGCUAAAAAAUACCAGCCCGAAUUGAUUGAUCCAAACGUCAACAACAAUCCUACUGAUAUUGAAAUUAUAAGAGUUAAUGUUGGCUUGAGACCUUUUAGAAAAAAUGGUCCUAGAGUUGAAAUUGAUUCAGUCAAUCCAAAGAUUAUUCACAAUUAUGGUGCUGGUGGUGCUGGAUACCAAAGUUCCUACGGUAUGGCGGGUGCAGCAAUUGAACUAUUGGAAGCUUCUAUUCCAAAAUCCAAAUUAUAG